AUAAGAUGGCGACUGUAUAGAAUGGGGGAGUCUGCCCUUGAAACUUUCUUCCAAUUUUCGUGUUAUUUGAACAAUUUAAGUCCUCUUUAGGUUAAAAAAUGUCAGAUCCAAGUAGUUCCGACCAGUCUGUUGAAGAGUUGAGGCGAGAAGUCGAGCGACUGCAGACAGAACUUGCCGAAACGACACAAGAAAAGGUACAAGCCGCCGAGUACGGACUUGCAGUUUUAGAGGAAAAACAGCAACUUCAACAGCAAAUCGAAGAAAUAGAGACACAAUAUGAAACAUUGAAGCAAGAACUAGACACAGCUAAAGAGGAGCUUUUAAAUAAUCCUGCAUGGGCAUUAAACAAACAUCAGGACACAUUUCGCAAGCAACAAAAAAGUGGAAUUCACCAUGAAGACACAUUCCUACAGGAAACAGCUACAAGGGAAGAAAGUUAUAAAAUAUCAAUCAAUGAACUUGAAACUGAAUUAAAAUCAUUCAAACAGUCCUUCGAUAGGAGCUCAGCGGAAAAUGAGCGAUUACAUCAAGCAGUUUUGGAAUUACAACAGCAAACUGACACAUUAGAAGAUCAAAGAAGACAAUAUAAAAAUGACAUUUCCGAGUUCAGAAAACGGGAAAAUCGAAAUUUGGCUGAUUAUGCUGAACUCGAAGAAGAAAAUAUUACACUCCAAAAAACAGUUUCUCAGUUAAAACAGAGUCAGGUUGAAUUUGAAGGAAUGAAACAUGAAAUUCGAAGACUACAUGAAGAAUUUGAUGAUCUUAAUAUUCAGUUGGAUGAAAACACAAGUUUGAAAAAAAUUGUUGAAAAAAAUUUAGAAGAAGCAUUAAAUUCAUUACAACAUGAGCGAGAACAAAAACAUUCGCUUAAGAAAGAACUUGACCAAAGAAUUAAUCAAGAAUCUAUGUUUAAUUUAAGUAAUUUAGCUCACAUGAGCGGGCUCAGUGAAGGACUACCAAAUAGUAGAUCAGAAAUUCUUGAUGAAGUGGACGAUGGACAGGGUGAACACGAUAAUCCUGCAUUAAGGAGGAUAGAGGCAGACUUCCAAAAUGACGAUACAAAAUCUCUCAUUAAACCAGGUCCUGGUAAAGUGAAUGACAUUCUUAGUGAAAUUCAAGAGAAUGAGGUGAAAAAAUUAGAACAGCUUUUAGAUCAAAGUGAACAAGAAAAGGCUGAAAUUCAAAAAGCUUUAGAUGAGGCUCAAAAGCUGAUUGAGGACACUCAGCAGGACCUUAUAGAACAAAAGAAGCGUGCCGAUCAAUUGAAAUCUCAUAUAAAUUCUGUGAUAAAGGAAAGAGAGACGGAGCUUGGCAUGGAUGAUGAUUCAACCGAUUUAGAUGAAUUAAUAGCCAAUGAAACUGAUCCAGAUAAGAAAUCAUUACUGGAACUGAAAAAGAAUCUCCGUGUUAAUGAAAGGAAAUAUUCCAAAGCCCUUUCUGAAAUAAGUAGCCUAAAUGAUGAGAUCAACAACCUUCAAGCAAGAGGUCAGCACGGAACUGUUCGAUAUGAUGAGAAAGAAUUCGGUCAUGCUUUAGAAGACCUUAGGAAUAAAUGUAAUCAGUAUGAAAAUACGAUAAAAGACUUAGAGAAAGAUUUGAAAGCCAUGACGAUGGCUGCUUCUGAGGCUCAGGGAAGUUUGAAUACAACACAAGAUGAACUUGUGAAGGCGACAGAAGAAAUGGCUCAGCUUUAUCAUCUUGUAUGUGAAGUGAACGGUGAAACACCUAGCAGAGUUAUGCUUGAUCAUGCCAAAGCUGCCGCACAGUUGUCUCGAGAUGGUUCACGUAGUAGUAGCGAAGAGAAAGAAGAUCCUAACGCUAAAAAGAACGGUGAUAAAUCACCAAGGAAGACCAAAUCAAAAGCUAAGAAGCAGUUCGAUGAUAUAAAGGGUGAUCCGAUAUCAUGUUACAAACUUACGGAAACCGUCAUCGAUCAGGUUAAAUACUUGAAGAGGGCAGUAGAGCAUCUGAUGGAAGUGUCACGGCAACGUAAUGGCGAUAAUGAGAAUACUGAUGUUCAGGAAUUACAGGAACAAGUUGUUAAACUGAAAGCCAUGUUGUCGACAAAACGAGAACAAAUAGCAACAUUGAGAAGUGUGCUCAAAGCAAACAAAUCAACUGCUGAAGUAGCUUUAGCUAAUCUGAAACAAAAAUAUGACACUGAAAAAGUGAUUGUCACCGAGACAAUGAUGAAGCUGAGAAAUGAACUGAAAGCAUUGAAAGAAGAUGCAGCCACAUUUGCAUCUUUGCGAGCAAUGUUUGCACAGCGUUGUGAUGAAUAUGUCACACAACUGGAUGAAAUGCAGAGACAGUUGGCAAGCGCAGAGGAAGAGAAGAAGACAUUAAAUUCAUUGUUACGAAUGGCAAUUCAACAAAAACUUACCCUUACACAGAGGUUGGAAGAUCUGGAAUUUGACAGAGAACGACGGAAUAUGCGUAGACAAGGCGGGCGCAAUAAAAUGGGGACUUCCAAAGUAAGUCACAACCACAACUCACAUUAUGAAGAUUAUGGUCGGGCUUCUGGCCGAUCAUACCAUAGCAGGAGGGAUUAUUAGGCCCCAGGAAUGAAUUCUGAUAUUCCUAAAAAAAAUCCAAGUAAAAAAGUGUUAGAUAAAGGGAAUAACAAUAUUGGAAAGACAGAAAAAUAAAGAAAGAAUAGAUAUGAUAAAAGUAUUUCGUCUUGUGUAUAGUGGUAGUGUGGGAACAGAUUUUGUUGAUGUCCAGCGCUGUGUUAGUUGUGUCAACGCUUUCUCGUGUUUCUUAAAAAAACGGAUGCCUUUCACAUGAACUUAAUGGGAACGGAAAUACUUGAAUGUCUUUAUUUUUUGUUUUGUUAUUUUAAGAUCAAAGAUGAAGUAUAUAUAUAUUCAAGCAAACUAUUGGCAUAAUACUGUUUGCUUAUUGAUGAGAAAGAAAAAUUUAACAUAUAGAUUUAAUAUUUUAUUGAUAAAGUAUAAUAUUUAUAUGGUUUUGAUCGAGAUGAGUUUUAAUUUUAAUGAGAAAAAAAAGAAGUUAUUUCCAUUUAUUCUAUUAUUGAUUUUUAAUUGUUUAACACAAUGUCAAUAUGGUUGUUUUUUUUAUUUACUCUUACCACGUUUUAUAGAUCUGGCAAAAAUUUUACAUACUUUUAAUGUAACUUUAUACAAAAAGUCAUUUGUAUUAUUUAGAUUUUCAAAUUAUUUUUUAAUUGCACAUAAUUUUUAAAAAAGUGACAAGUUUAUUUUAUUUGAAUAUGAAUUUCUAGUUUUUCCCUUUUUUAUAUGGAAUGGUUUGUUAGUAAAAGGUGAAGGAAAAGUUCAUUUUGUACAGUAUUAACCAAUCAUUUUAUAUGCAAACUCAAUAAGUGUAUUAAAAAUAUACAAAAUAUUUAUUACAAAAAUAAUUUACUUAAUUAAUGUGUAUACUCAAUUUUUGCCAUUCAUGGCUCAUUCCAAAUGUAAUGAGAUGCUCCCCAAAGAUGUAGAUUUUUUUCACUGUGAUAUAAGAGCUUAUUGCAUUUUGUGUGUCAUUUCCGUGGCUGGAUUUAAAGGGGAGAUCUCAAAGAUGUAAAAUUCAAAAGCUUUUAAUGGUGCACAAAUUGCAGAUAUCAUUAGCUUAAGAUUUUGAGAAUUUGUUUUGUCUCAUUGGAUGUAAAAUUUGUGGACAUCAGGGAUGUCUUAAAAUUAAAUUAUUUUAUUUAUGUUCAAGGUCGUCUAGAGGGUACUUGGUUUGUUUUUAAUGCCAUGCUGCCACCAAAGAUAUUAACUAACAUUUGUCAAAAUAAAGACCUUUACUUUAUAAUACCUCAUAGAAUAGAUUGUGCCAUAAAAACAGAUAAGAUUUUCUUUUUUUGAAAUAGUGGUUGUUCAGUUUUAAAUUGAGCAUGUCUUCCUGUGCAAUUUUUUGAAAGAGGGCUUUUUUUAAAAUAAAGUUGUAGACAUCAGUGUAUGUAUUCAUGUGCAAUUGUAAAAAGGGAGAUAAUUUUAAUUAUUCCUACUUUUAUAGUGUAAAUUUCUGAAUUUCAAUAAAAAAAAAAAACAGUGUGUAAAGGUAGAUUAAAUCAAAUUUAAAGAUUUAAUUAAAUAAAACAUAUUUUUGAUUUUUAAAUGUUCAAAAAUUUCUCAUGUUAAAACCAUAAAUAAGUAAAUGCUGAAUUGUAUUUGAAUUGGCAUGAUUGUAUUUCAAUAAACCAUUUUAACUUUUGGCUGAAAAUGAUCCAUUUGCAUAAAAUAUGAAUAGUAUUUUCCCUAAAAAUAUUUAUAAUACACUGCCAUAUUUGUUAGAAUCUGGUAUUAACAUGUGGUUUAUUAGUUUUAAUCUGUAAUAUCUGUUUUUGUGGCACAAAUUUGACUGUUAUUGCAAUUGUAUGUAUAUAUUAUGUAUUUAUAAGCUAGUCCAGUAUUUAUACACAAAACUUAUUUAAUAUACUCAAAAAAAUUGUUAAUACUUUCUAUGUGUAUCUAUGGUAACCACUAUGCUGGUUGUGUGUUUGAAUGAGAUUGCUAGAAUGUGAGAUGUGUGUUUUGAUUUAGAACAAAAAAAGCUAUACAAAAAUGCAAUAUCUUAAUUUAUAUCGUUAUUCUAUCAGCAUCCAUAUACAUUUUUAUCAUGUUUUUUAUUACAUUUUAAAAAAUGUCUUAAAAAAAACACUUUUAAAUAAUUUCUUAUAAAAACUUUUUUAAGUAAAACUUCUUAAUGAUUCCAAUUUUGAAGAAUGAAAUAUUAAGUGAAAAAAAUAUAAGUGAAAAAAACUUGUUUGUAGAACUAACAAGAACAUACAUAAAAGAAAAAAAACCUUCAUUAGAUUUACACUAGAUGUGGGUAGAAUGCUACCAAGUUAUAUUUUAUAUUUAAGAAAAUGUCCUUUGUUAUUUAUAUCUGUGCUAUUAUAGAAGUCUUUAAAAAACCAAACUCAAAUUAAUACAAAAAGGUAAUCUGUAAAUGAACAAAUAUAUUUUUGUUAAUAUGAUAUCAUUAAUAAGUUUUAUUAAGAUUUUGUUAAAAAAGAAGAAAAAAUGCAUAACAUGUUUCUUGUCGAAUGUAGAAAUAAUUCAUUUGUUUUGUUUUGUAUGUUUUGUCUUUGCUGGGCAAAUGUUGAAUAUGCAUAAAGUAAAAAUAUAAACUUAA